AUGGCCAAGAGAGAUAAACAUCGCGAAAGCCUUCGAGUACCCCGCGCUCGUUCCCGCCGCGACGCCUCCAGACACUCCUCCGCACGCUCCUCAGCCAACGUUGACGAACAUCGUCUUUCUUCAGGUCCUCCUCCUGCGCCUCCCGCGCCUGUUGUACCUGCUGUUCAGGCUCUGCGAGCUGCAUCCUCUCGCUUUUCUCUCAACGAACAAUUCGCUGCGACACGGCAAGAGUUUUCAUUCUGGGAUGACGAUGCUAGUUCCAUUUAUGAGCAUCCAAGCAGCAAUGCUUCCGAGGCCGAGGCAGAAUUCGACGAAAAGAUCCUUGCAAGCUCGACAGAAGGCGAGGAUGACGAUGAAGAUGAAGAUGAAGAUGAGGACGAGGACGAAGAUGAAGAUGAAGACGACGAUGACGAUGAAUCAUCGCAUCACGAUACUGCCGAUGACACAAUAACCAUUCUGGAGGAUUCGGACGUGGACAUCAACUUUUAUGAUCUUUUCUGCCUCCCGCGAGACAUCUCAGCACUGUCACAGGACCAGAUCCGAAGCGCAUACUACCGCCUCUUCAUUCUCUUCUAUCCAGACAAUUAUCCAGAGGAUCUGCGCCCAAUUGCUCGCCAGCAGUUUCUCCGUGUACAGGAUGCCUUCGAAACACUAAUUGAUCCGACACGCCGGGCGCAAUACGACCUGGACCAGUUCGUGCAAGACGAUGAUGCGGGAGCCACAGGGUCGGAAUACGAUAUGGCGUUCAAGGAAGCUGUUUGGAAUCGAAUGCAGAACGGUAUACACACAAGUUCUGAUCUAGGUAUUCGAUUGGACGCCUCUGGGUCGGCAGAUGACAGCUCCAGACUUCAGAUCCUUGAUUUUGCUCUCAGUCACUCCGUCACGGUCGAUGUACCAGCGCUGCAGAAACUACUACAGCCCCAAGUCACACGGAUAGAGAACUUUACUUCAACAAACGAGAAGCAGGUCGUUGAGAGUCUAUCGCAGCCUAGUAUUCAUGUUGCUACACCUACUGUAACAAUCACCGGAUCUGCUUAUGGUGUUACAAAAGACCUCUCCUCAGUACCGACAUCUCUCUUAUACGAUCGAUACCAGCCUCUUUUACCCUUGACAAUUUCCAGGCAGAGGCUCUUACAACUCGUUGAGAACAAAUUUGCACCAUUGGCCACUAUUCGAUAUCGACAGGAGUUUCUGAACCGCUCACCUGCAAGAUCUCCUAACAAGUUUAGAUGGAUCAAGACAGCUGUUGAGCUCGAGUCAGAUGUUCUACCUGAAUUAUCAGUAACCAGCCGUCUUUACCACCACUUCAUAAUCCCCAACUACUCAGAACCCACCGUUGCAGAGGCCAGUGUUCGAUCUUCUCGAUCUUCUGCUUCUUUCCAGCCCCGUGUUGCUCUCGGACUCUACCAGAACCUCCGCCACGGCACAGGCUUCCUACGUGCAGACAGCGGCGAUUGGGUAUUUGGUUCCAACGAUUACUCGCGUUUUUUCUCGGAGCAUUCGACAAUAAGCCCGGACUUCUUUAAUACUGAAGCGCCUGGGCCUAUACCUAGCUUAGAAUUGGGUUUCCGAACAGGAUCAGCAGAUCGUUUACCCGCCCCAGGCUCAUCUGACGCUCCUGGUGACGAGGGCGGCAUAAGAGGACUUGACUAUGAGAUCAACUCUUGCAAGCAUGGAACUUGGGCCGUUUCGGCUUCUGCUACACCCAGUGCCAUGUCAGGCGCCGUGCGAUACAGUAAAGAUCUAACACUGCCGUUCCAAACUCCUUCGACAUCAUUAGACCCUGGCGUUUCUUUAGCAUCACGUCUAGAGGCAGAACUCUGCUCAAAUACCUUCCAUGAUCAAUACUUUGCCCUCCGAAACCUCUGGUCCGUCGGUCGCUUUGCGCGUAUCGGUGUUGAAGUCGGUAUAAGUCUGCACAACCUCCAUCUGUCCGUCUACUGGUCCCGUCUUGGCCAGCGACUUAGCGUUCCUCUCCUUAUAGCGCCGCGAUCACUCCUUGGACCCAAUGUCCUGUUCUGGGCUGGAGCCUUACCCUUCGCCGGACUCGCCGCCGUGCAGCUCGGUCUCAGCUACCGCCGCCGUGAGCGAACUUCAUCACGAUCUCAUCGUCGUGUCCGUUCAGAUGUCUCCUCGACAGGAGCCCCGGUCGCCAUUGCUCGACACCGCUACGAAGCAGACAACAUCACCACGCUCCUCACACUACCAGUCGAGAGUCGCCAGAAGCACCAGAUGUCCGUCAGCGGCCUCGUUGUCCUCAGCGCUAAAUAUGGUAUCCCCAGUGAAGACGGCACUCUCUCAAAAAGCGAACAAGUCGCCGACGUCACAAUCGCCGUUGCUGCCUUGAUCGACGACUCGGUUUAUAACAACGGGCCUGCCCUGGUCAUUCCCCACGGGGUGCGUAAGAGCCGCUUGCCGGGGUUCUGGGACCCUGCACCAGGCCUUGACAAGGUUCUACGUGUGGAGUACAUGUUCAAGGGCGAGGCUGGUGCAGUCGAGGUUGGCAGCCGUGAUGAGCUGGUUCUCCCACCUCAAGCGUAG